AUGCCAAAAAGAGGAUUCUUCAAUGAUGUGCUGGAAAGCGGUGCAGCUCGUCUGAUCUUUCAGAAGGACGAAGGGAUUCUGAUGGUAUUGAUUAAAGCGCAACUGGAACUUGACGCCCUACUUGAAGCAAACAAGGACGAUGAUCUUGCUAGGAUGCACCUAUACGUAGUUGAGUCUCCACCCCUGGUCAAAGAACCUUCUGUACAGAAAGACGAAAAUUCUUUACCGCAAGAGAGCGAAACUCCAAACUUCACUGAUCUAGACUUUUCAGCGUGCAAAGUCUGCUCGGAGAAAGCCUCGCCGAAGUGA